AAAUACUCAAUUCUUCUCCAUCAACUUUUCUCCGCACAUCACCCGACAAAAUUCACUACAAAUCCCAACUCUUUCUGCAAAAACUAGUCUUGUUCGUCCAAUAAAUGCUGUCACAGAAGAUAGGGAAGUAGACAGUACAGAAGAGAUCAGCGAAGAAAAUGAAAAGAAAGAUUCAAAUGGCAGUGAAUUUGAGGAAACCAAGAAUAGUUUGUCCAUUUUGUUGGACAAAGAUAGGUUUCUUAAUGCUGCAAUUGUACUUGGUGCUGGUACAUUUGCCAUCACAAAGCUACUCACUAUAGAUCAUGAUUAUUGGCAUGGAUGGACCUUUUACGAGAUAUUAAGAUAUGCGCCGGAGCACAACUGGAUUGCAUAUGAAGAAGCACUGAAAACAAAUCCUGUAUUAGCUAAAAUGGCAAUUAGUGGUAUUGUCUACGCUCUAGGAGAUUGGAUUGCCCAAUGUUAUGAGGGGAAACCUCUUCUUGAAUUUGAUCGAACUCGCAUGUUUAGGUCUGGUCUUGUUGGAUUUUCACUUCAUGGAUCACUUUCCCAUUAUUAUUACCAAUUCUGUGAGGCUCUUUUCCCGACCAAUGACUGGUGGGUGGUUCCUGCUAAAGUUGCAUUUGACCAAACCAUCUGGGCAGCAGUUUGGAAUAGUAUCUAUUAUGUGGUUCUUGGUUUCUUGCGUCUUGAAUCUGCAGCCAAUAUUUUUGGCGAGCUCAAAACCACGUUUUGGCCCAUGUUAACGGCAGGUUGGAAGCUUUGGCCGUUUGCUCACCUAAUAACUUAUGGUGUUAUUCCUCUUGAGCAAAGACUCCUUUGGGUGGACUGCAUCGAACUGGUUUGGGUUACUAUUCUCUCAACUUAUUCAAAUGAGAAAUCAGAGGCACGGAUAUCAGAAGAAUCAUUGGAAGCUAAAUCUGAUUCAUCAUCGAGUAAAUCGCCCGAGGAUUAAUCAAGCGAACAACGUCAGAGAUUCUAUGAGUUCUUUGAUCAAGUUGUAAUUAAAAUUAGCUUGUAAUAAAAGCUAUUUAGGAAAUUAAAAGUGUCUAGUAUAGCCAACAAUGAUUUUCUUCUUCUAUAUUUUGUUAUUAUUACGUGCUCUCCUUGCCCCUACCCCUUGUUGAAUGUUGGGAAGAUAGAGAAAAUGCAAAAAUUAGAAUAGAAGAGUUUACAGUGUGGAGGUGAUUUAUAGAUAUACAUAUUUUCUACCUAUUCA